AUGCUGCUACGAGUCCGAUCGAAUGUGGGUGUUUGGCGUGUCGAGAACCUAGACGAAGCCACGGCGACCGUGUCGGAUGUGUUGGAAGGCAUUGCCAAGACGCGUCCUCAUGUGACCUACGAAAAGCCGCUCAGUUUUGACCCGGGUUGUCUGCAACCGCUCAAUACGACACAAACGUUGGCGGAACAAAAGUUGCGUCAUGGCAGUAUGGUCCAUUGCCGCGUCGAUGCCGGCUCCUGUGCCGAAGUCAAGGUCAUGUUGGACGCUAACGAAGCCAAUGAAGCGCCAAGUGGUUCUGGUGGCCACAUGAAACGUGUCAUUGACAAGGACGGUGCCAUCAAGUUGGUUCCUGCCACAGAAGCAGCCGGUGGCGACAAGGGAUUCCGCAAGGGAAUGUUGCCGUUGCGAGACAUGAAAAUGGCCUGGCGAUUGGACGAAUUCAUUGCUAUGGACAGUCAGUACGAAUUCAAAAUCCAGCGACAACCAGAGGCCAUUUGCAAACAAGUCUCCUUGGAUUCGCCGUCCAUUGGAGAUUUCCAGGCGUACUGUGCUCAAUUCGCCUUUCAACGAAAACGAAUGGCGUUCUUAUAUGGGAAAUUUGUUCCGGUCGAUGCUGUCGAAGAAGGAAAAGAAAACGACAAAAUGGAUGUCGAUGAAGACGACAAAAAGAAACCAGUCCCCAUGAAGGCCGUUGUAGAAGCCAUCUACGAGCCUCCUCAGGAAGUUGACAAUGAAGCCGCCGAAGGACUGGUGCAACUAGAAGAUCCCAAUGAAGACAAGGUCGAACAACUGUCACAAAUGCUGGGACUGCGAAAAGUGGGAUGGAUCUUUGGACAUGCUCCUCGUGAGGAUGGAUUCGUCAUGAACGGGGCAGAGGUCAUCAUGGCAGCUGAAUUCCAGUUGGAAGCCGCGGAAGGAGUAGAAGAAACACCCUUUGUCACGGUCAAGGUCACCACGGGAAAAGACGGCAAUGUCUCCGUCGAAGCCUUUCAAGUCAGUCAACAAUGCAUGGCCAUGGUGGCAGAGGAAGCUCUGGAAAUCGAUUCCAAUCCGGGAUUCUGCAAAGUCAAUGAUACAUUCACUGCCAUUAUGGAGGGAAAGGCAUCCAAAAAUGUCGAAAACAACUUCUUUCUCACGGUCGUACCGAUCGUCUCGCACACAUCCAAAAUAUUCGUCUCGCAAUUCCCAAAAUUCAACCGAGAUGCCUUUUCCGCGGCCGACCGAACACCAUCCAAGGCAGAACUCAAAAAACAACUGGGUAAAGCGGGGACGGCGGGAUGGACCAUGGUCGAUCUGCUAAGUGAUUUCCAGUUGCUGCUCUAUCUCGGAGAAAACUUGGAUAUGAACGCUGAUAUGCCCAAAAUCUGUGAAUCCGUUGUCGAUCGCAGUGUCCCGCUGGACGAUGGAUACGCCAUUCUCAUCAAGGGAAUUGCAGGAUUACUGUAG